AUGAAAAUUAUUUUGAUUGAAACUCUGUCAGAGUGUAGAGAGGCAUGCGAAAAAAUUAGAAAUGAUUGCUUAGUUUUAAGUGCUUUAGGAUUUGAUUGUGAAUGGGUGUCUUAUCACGUGAGAUAUCCAGUAGCAUUAUUGCAACUGGCUACAUAUAAAAAAGAUUGUUAUUUAUUUCGAUUAAAUAAAUUAUCUAUAAUCCCAUUUGAACUAAUAGAAAUACUCGAAGACCAACAUAUUUUCAAGUUGGGAGUUUUACCUGCAAUAGAUGGUUUAUACUUAUCAGCAGAUUAUGAUAUCAGAGUGCAAACUACUUUCGACUUACGAUAUUUGUAUCCUAUGUGUAAAGGUUUGGGCGAUUUGGCAAAAGUUGUACUUGGCAUUAUGUUAAACAAGGAUGGCAUAAUAGCAGGAAGUGAUUGGGAAUGCCAUGAAUUAUCAUAUUCUCAAAAAAAGUAUGCAGCCAUGGAUGCUCUGGUAGCCAUAGACGUAUUUAAAAGAUUUCUGCAGAGAUUUGGAUGGGGAUGGGAUAAUUCUAAAACAUUUAAUUAUUCUGAAUUAUAUGAAAUUUUUUCAAGAUUAGACAAAACGAAAUAUUUUAACCGAGAUCCACCUAAAAAUAGUACUUCAUCUAGAAAAACGAAAUAUUUUAACCGAGAUCCACCUAAAAAUAGUACUUCAUCUAGAAAAAUUUGUGAAUCUUCAAAUUUAGAAAACAAGACAACUGCUAAAGCUAAAGAAAAAAAACCUUAUACUACUCCUCUUUUAAAGAAAACCGAUUAUUAUGAAAAAUGCUAUAUUUAUGAUCCGAAUAAAAAACUUUUGUGUUCUUGUGACUACAAAAAGGCCAUGUGGUAUGUAAACAAAGGAUUAGCAAAUAUUACACACAAGUCAGAUUCAAAUAUAAAAAUACAAUUAUUGUUUGAACCGGCUGGAAGAGCGAAUACAAUAGAAGAAGAAAAAUAUUAUACACAGUUAAAACAAAAUUGCUGUGUAGUUUGUGGACAUAACACAUCAUAUUCAAGGCAUUAUGUGGUACCAAGAGAAUAUAGUAUAUGUCAUGAAAAAGCUGUGGAAAAGGGAAAUAUUUUAAAAAAAAGUUUAUCAAUACUAUGCAAAGCUCCUUUACAUAAUAAUAACCGUCAAUCAGGAAAAUUACAAGUAAAAAUAAGAAGCUAUGCUAGAACCUUACUGUCUAAUGGAGAUAAAAUUUCAUGGGAAAAAAAGGCUUUAAUGGUUGAGAUAAUUUUACUUUACUUUGGUGAAUCUAAAGUAACACAAAAAUUAUUAAAAGAUGCUAGUUCACUAAAAAUUAAAACACCUAUAGAAGAGACACACGGAUUCAAAGUUGUCAAAUACUUUCUUCAAUAUCCUAAAGGUUUAAUAUAUUUAAUGUGCUAUUGGAGAAAUUAUUUUUUAAAGAAAAUGACUCCAAGGCAUCUUCCUGCUUUUUGGUCUGUUUUGCACAAUGUCUCAGAUGAGGAUAUGGAUUUUGUAAAAAGUGAAUUUGUUUCAUUCGAUGAUUUUUUAGAUAAUCAGUGUAAAAUUAUCGAGAAAGAUUUAUACUGA